AUGCUCGACAAGAUACAUGUUUCGCCAAAUGGCGAGUUUACUGACUCAGGUGGGAAACAAAUUCAAUUGAGAGGUGUUAACUUAGAUCCUACGGUUAAGUACCCUUCAGUGCCUCACAACACAAGCCACAGCCCACUAUUCCAAUCCUUUUUCGAUGAUGCAGAGAGGGUUAGCUUUGUGAACCAUCCGAUGCACUUAAAUGAGGUUGAACAACAUAUUCAAAACUUAAAAGAUCUGGGUUACAACGCUAUACGGUAUCCAUUCACUUGGGAAUCACUGGAGCAUGGUGGCCCCGGGGUAUACGAUUAUGAAUACAUUGAUUACACUAUUAAGGUUCUGAAGAAAAUUUACGAAGUGGGUGGUAUUUAUGUCUAUCUGGAUCCUCAUCAAGACGUGUGGUCUCGCUUCACGGGUGGCUCUGGUGCUCCUUUGUGGACGCUUUACUGCGCAGGCUUUAAGCCACAAAAUUUUGGGGAAACCGAAGCGGCAAUUCUCCAAAAUACAUAUAUUGAUCCUGAUUCAAAAGAAGAAAAGAGGCCCUAUCCUAAGAUGCUGUGGCCCACCAAUUACUAUAGGCUAGCCGCUCAAACUAUGCUUACCUUGUUUUUUGGUGGCCGAGAAUUUGCUCCUAAAUGCAUAAUUAAUGGCCAAAAUAUACAGAAUUACCUUCAAGAGAAAUUUAUAAACGCGGUUAUGACACUUUAUUCUCAAAUAAUUGAAAAAGCUCCCGAACUUUUUGCUGGUAAUUGCGUCAUCGGACUAGAGACCAUGAAUGAACCUAGCACUGGAUAUUUUACAGAUUUUGAUCUGUCUCAAAUCCCAAAGGAUCGAAAGCUUAGGAAAGGGACCACACCGACGGCAUUCCAAUCAUUCCAACUUGGAGAAGGCAUGGCUGUGACAGUUGACGUUUACGACAUUUCUGUUAUAGGGCCGAGAAAAACAGGUACUACUCGAAUCGAUCCCAAUGGUCGAUCAGCUUGGCUUUCUAAAUUUGAAAGAGAUAAAAUUGAUGACCUCUAUAACUGGGAAAGAAGCGACAAGUGGGAAGCAGGAGUGUGCAUUUGGAGGCUACACGAAGUGUGGAAAAAGGAACCAAAAGACCAGCCAAUUUUGAAGAAGCCAAAAUUCUUUGCUAAUGAUCCUUCUUCGGGUGCUACCAUCGACAUGCGUUUUUUUAUUAACAACUUGUUUCUAAAUUUUUACCAGCGCUACCGUGAGAGGUUUAGGGAUAUUGAUAAAGAAUCUUUCUUGUUUCUGCAGCCCCCAACACUGCAGCAACCUCCAGAGAUAAAGAACACAGCCUUGAUUGAUGACAAGACAGUAUAUGCCUGCCACUUCUAUGAUGGCAUGUCACUCAUGUUUAAAUCCUGGAAUCGAAUUUACAACGUUGAUACAUUGGGGAUUUUGAGGGGCAGAUACAAAAACCCGAUAUUCAGCUUAGUGCUAGGAGAAGCAAACAUCCGUAAGUGCUUGAGAAGGCAACUUGCAGAAAUGAAGCAAGAAGGGAAGGACUUUUUGGGACAACGUGUUCCUGUCUUUUUUACUGAAAUCGGCAUGCCAUUUGACAUGGAUGACAAGAAGGCCUACAAAAAUGGAGAUUUUAGUUCUCAACUUGCAGCAAUGGACGCCUUAGGGUAUGCUUUAGAAGGCAGCAACCUUUCUUUUAGUCUCUGGUGCUACUGCACCGAGAAUUCCCACAAGUGGGGGGAUUCCUGGAAUAAUGAAGAUUUCUCGAUCUGGAGCAAGGAUGAUGUGUCAGGCAAUCAAGCGGCUACCCAGUUUGAUGUCAAGCUACAGAAUGACUCUGAUGUCGUAUCUUCCUUCUCUACAAUUCCGCAUGGACAUAUAAGUGAAGUUUCACUGGAAGAGAAAAAAUCGGCCCCGUUUCUUAAUGGGAUCCGAGCACUACAUGCCAUUCUUCGUCCAUACCCACUCAAAGUGUCUGGUCAAUUCAAAAAUGCAGAGUUUGACUUAACAGGAAAAGAAUAUAAACUUAUGAUUGAUUCAAAUGUUGAGGACAGUGGUUCUAACCAUACUUUAAUUUACCUCCCAAAAAUCCAUUUUCCAAUGGGCCAAACCUCUAUCAAGACGACAUCUGGAACAUUUUUGUAUGACCCCGACAAACAAAUUCUGAGAUGGUCACAUGAAACUGGUAUCCAGACCAUAACGCUUAACAAAGUCUCUGAGAGCUCAGAACCUGCAAGUGGAGAUCCAGAGGGAUGCAAAGUCAUGUAA